AUGCUGAACAUCUCGACAGCCAAACCUGGUGAUAUCCUGCGAUGGCAAGACAUCGAUGCCAUUGCUGCCAGCACAAAUUGGACCAUUCCUGCUGGCGCGGCCCUUUCGCGGUUUCAAUAUGCAAGCGAGGAUAUUGAUGGAGAGAUUGUUGCUGCGAGCGCAUUUCUUCUUAUCCCAUAUGCGCCGCAAAAUGGUGCCAAAAAGCUAAGGACAUUGGCUGGCCUUGGAAGCACCACGCCCAAGGGAUUUCAGUACGUAGCAGGCUGGACUCACGCUGCUGAUGUGGCAUUCAGUGUUAUCGCUGCUAAGAGGAGAAUAGGGGCACUUCUCUCUGACGGAUGGGUGACUGUCGGCCAGAGUGAAGGUGGCAUGACUGCUUGGCGUGUAAACGAGAGGCUGGCGCUGUCUGGCCAAGAUGCUCUAAGGAAGGCCGGGAACUUUCUCGGUUCAGUCGCCAUCGCCCCGGCCAACCGGGUUGACGAUGGAGUUGUCCCUAUCAAGUUUACGGCCGAGGAUUACAAAAAGACCUGCAAAGAAGAGCCUGGCUCUUCAAUCAGACUUUUGACAUACGCGGGCCAGAACCACGACAGUGUUACUAACUCCGCUCAGGCUGACUAUAUGUCAUGGGUCAACGAUCUGUUCAAUGGAAAGAAGAUGAAGAAGGGCUGUUCGCGGGUGGAUAUUCCUCCUUUGACAGAUCUGUUUCAACCAGUGGCCAUCCAAUAUAUCGCCAACAUGUAA